GAAGUACGGAGGCUCGCUGCUUUUCCUGAGAGAGCGGAACGGAGUGGGACGGACUUGGAUGACAGUGCUGCCGUAAAGAUCCCAAACUCUCUCAUCUAAAACGACAACAUGGGAAAGAAAAUUUUUGGGACCAAUUACCCAGUCAGCAUCUGCUUCAUAGUGGUGAAUGAAUUCUGCGAACGCUUCUCCUACUAUGGCAUGAAAGCAUUGCUGACACUCUAUUUCCUCACCUACCUGAAAUGGGACAAGGACCUCUCCACUGCUGUCUACCAUGCUUUCAGCGGCCUCUGCUACUUCACACCCAUACUGGGAGCUUUCAUUGCUGACUCCUGGCUCGGAAAAUACAAGACCAUCAUCUACCUGUCCAUUGUAUAUGUGAUCGGCCAUGUGGUCAAGUCGGUUGGAGCCAUUCCCACCGUGGGAAGCACCGAAUUGCACAUUGCUCUGUCCAUGUCAGGUCUGAUACUCAUAGCUUUGGGCACCGGAGGGAUCAAACCCUGCGUGGCGGCGUUCGGAGGUGACCAGUUUGACGAGGAACAUACCACAGAGAGGCAGAAGUUCUUCUCUAUUUUCUACAUGUCAAUCAAUGCUGGCAGCUUCCUGUCGACUAUUAUUACACCCAUAUUGAGAGGUGACGUGAAGUGUUUUGGUGGAGACUGUUAUGCUUUGGCCUUUGGGGUUCCUGCAGCCCUGAUGGUUGUGGCUUUAGUUGUCUUCAUUGCUGGCAGCAGUCUGUACAAGAGAACUCCUCCCCAGGGAAACGUCCUUUGGGAAGUCUGCAAUUGUAUCGGGUUUGCACUUAAAAAUCGUUGGAACAAAUCAAAACAUGACCCACCGAAAAAGCACUGGUUGGACUGGGCUGAGGAGAAGUACUCGAUGCGUCUGAUUCAGGAGAUAAAGAUGGUUUUGCGAGUUCUGUUGCUCUACAUCCCCCUCCCAAUGUUCUGGGCUCUCUUUGAUCAGCAGGGUUCCCGCUGGACACUUCAAGCCACGAGGAUGAACCUGGCUUUUGGAAACUCCUUCGCUAUUAAGCCUGACCAAAUGCAGAUGUUGAAUGCUCUGCUGAUUCUUGUCUUUGUGCCUAUCUUUGACCUCAUCAUAUAUCCGCUCGUUAGACUCUGCGGACUCAAGAUCACACCUCUGAGGAAAAUGGCCAUGGGAAUGGUGUUUGCAGCCCUGGCCUUCGGAGCAGCCACUCUGGUGGAGGUGAACGUUGUGAAAACUGUGGUGAAUCCUGCACCUGCAGGGAAGUGUCUCUUGCAGGUUGUCAACCUUGCUAAAGAUGAUGUCAGUCUGAAGGCUCCUGGCACCGAUCUGUUUCUACAGUCAAUCAAGUACCUUGAGGACCCUCCUGGUUAUGAGACUGUUCCACUGUCCAACGGGGAGCUGAAUCUUGAAGUCACUGUAGUCAAUGGAGGAAACUUUUCGGCUACCCAGAAGGUUGAAGAGAAAAAGGCCUACAGUGUCAUCAUUUACCCCGACGCUACUGGAAUCACCUACACAUUAGUAGAAGAUCACAUAACAAAAAACGAAGAAGGGAAUCCAUUAUUGAGGUUCCUCAACACACAGCCGGAGGCCUUAAACGUAACGGUGGGAGAUAAUAAUUUCUACAUGUCCUCUGGGUACAAUGUGACUCAUAACAAGACCGUGCAGCGGGGCGAAUACACUGAUGUCACCUGCAUUUCAAACUCAGGAAAGACCUCUAAACUUAACCUGGGCCUGCUGGACUUUGGCGCGUGUUACACUGUCAUUCUCACAGAGGAGGCGGGUAAAAUUGUGCCUCACAAGAUCGAGGAUGUGAAAGCCAACAAUGUGCACAUUGCCUAUCAGAUCCCACAGUACAUCCUCAUCACUGCUGGAGAGGUCAUGUUCUCCAUCACUGGCCUGGAGUUCUCCUACUCACAGGCUCCAGCCAACAUGAAGUCAGUGCUGCAGGCUGGCUGGCUGCUCACGGUGGCAUUUGGCAAUGUGAUAGUGCUGAUUGUGGCAGAAGGGGCAGGACUGGAACAGUGGAUAGAGUUCUUGCUGUUUGCCUGCCUGCUGUUGGGCGUCUGCAUCAUCUUCUCCGUCAUGGCCCACUUCUACACCUACGUUGACCCCGAAGAAAUGGAGAAGCUUUACCUGGAAAACUCAGUGAGGGAGGAAGACGACAGUGACUUCAAGAAGAAAAACAACGAGAUAGAACUGAACAAAACGGGGAAGAGCACCAAAGUGUAAUACCGUGACAUUAGUCACACCUCAUUAUACGUUUGGCUGCUUUGUGCUUUAUAAAGGUAUUAUUUUAGUGAAAAUGAAACUCUAAGAUGUGAUUGUUGGAGAUUUCUUGUGGUUUUAAAGUGUAGGACUCGUGACAUCAUUUAACAUAUGUUGUGAAAAACUCCCGUUUCAAACUUUAUAACCUUACAAGGAAAGGACUUCCUGAAUCAAACUUAAAAUAUGAAAUAAUAUUCGAGGAAGACAAAAUAGUCAUUUCUGCAAAAUGAUCAAUAGUGUUAUUAAAGCAUGUUAAUACUACACUGUAUAUAUUUGUUGCAUAUUAACCCCAUGUCAGAAUGCUGUUCAUGAUAAUCACAAGCUGUGCAAAUAUUGGACAGAAAGCAUUCAGUUCGCUUUGUGUGCCUUUAUCACAAUGUUUGAUUUCCAGAAAACAAAGCUCAUCAUUACUAAACGUCUGAUGUGAUAUGAUCUCUAAUUACAAGGGUUUUUCUGCCUGUUUGUACCUGAACAACUAAACAAAACGGAGUUUCUCAAACAGGUUUCAAGGGUCUGCAUGUAGUGCAGCCAGUGUCUGAAACAAUCUUUCAGUAGUCGUGGAUACAAGUACACAAAUUUACAAGUUUGUCCCUCUAGAGCUGUGUUUUGUUUUUUUUUUGAACGGCACGGUGGUUAGCACUGUUGCCGCACAGCAAGAAGGUCCUGAGUUCA